AUGGCGGCGGCGGAGGAGACCCCGCUCACCGGCGUGGCCUGGGCCGCUACGCCCGAGGCGGCCCCCGCCGGCUGGACCGUGAUCACCGUUACCGUGGAGGGCGCGGCGGCCAACCUGGGCAAGGGCUUCGGGCACAAGGGCGGCGGGUACCUGUGCGUGAGCGGCGGCGGAGCCCAGGCGGCUCCCGGGCCCGUGGUGACCGACGUGCAGGUGCUGAGCGACCGGAGCCCGCAGCCCGCCGGCUACACCCGUGCCCCCGAGUUCCCGGAGCCUCGGACCGGCAUCUCCCGGAAAAAGCGGGUGUACGUGAAGCUGCUGCCGCCGGACACUGCCGAGACGGCCGUCUUCGACAUCAAGCUGAGCUCCAAGAACAAAGCCCUCCCGCACUACAUGAAAAUAGGGGAAAUGGGUGGUUUUGCCGUCUGGUGUAAAAAAGGGCCGGUUUUGAAAUCCAGCCCUCAGCCCGUCCCCAAGCUGCGGACGAUCAGCGCAGGCCUGAAGCAGCUCUCGCUCCAGUCCCCUGACUCGGACCAGAAGUCACCCGUGGCUCGAUGCAGCAUCAAACGUGCUUCUCAGCACGAAUCUCUGUAUGACACCUCCAACAUCUACGGCCUCUCAGCUAUGGAUGGAGUGCCUUUCACACUACACCCCAAAUUCGAAAGCAAGCUCAGUUCUGGCAGUAACGCUAUCCUUGCAGACCUGAAUGUUAAGUCGCUUGCCGAUAUCGAGAGAGAGUACAAUUAUGCUUUUGUGGUCGAAAGGACGGCCGCUGCCAGGCUCCCACCCAGCGUUUGUUAGCACCGGAGUCUACCUCAAGGAUGUCAACUGCAGCCAGACAUCCAGCUGGGCUGAGCUCCUCCCUCUCUCAGAUUAAAUUUCAGGGUACCUGAAGAAACACAAUCGAUAGCCGAUUACAGGAAUUGCUUAGGGAGAAAAAUAAAUGUGUUUCUCUUCUCA